GCAAUAUCAGCAUCUAUUCGUUUGCCAGCGCUUGUUGCAGACGGCUUUCACAACCUUACAAUGGCCGUCGUCGUCACCACGUAGAGAAACGUAAAAGAAAAAAGGAACACACUGUUUCAGAUACGAAUACUAGUAUGGAUCCGCAUGUAUUUUGCGGUCCGGAGUUCAUUCUCGAGGUACCAAGCCACAGCGUGAAGGAUGUACUGCAGCGUGUAGAGAGCACCGUGGCCACAGCACCUGCAGACAGCGCAUCGGUGGAGUCCAAUGAUAGCCACAGUAAGCCAAGCCCUAGUAGUGGGGCCUCACCAGCUCCAGCAUGGACGGUUCAGCCGUCCCUGCUGCUGCGCAUUCAAACUGAAAUAUACAGUUGCUGUACUGCCGAUGUGCGUCGACAAAUUCACGCACAGUUGGCGUUGAAAGCAUGUGUGGCGAAGGAUGUUCGGGCGGCCAUGGCGAUGGUGUCGCGUCGAAUGGCUCACUUCAACCGCAUUCAGCUUCCAGCGGACUACGCGGAUGCUGGACACAGCACCGGCAGCGUGUCGCGCGCGCCCAGCACCGUUGCCUUCGUGGAGGUGAAGCCGACGAACGCGAUGAGUGCCGAGGAGGUGUCGUCGAUCGCGCAGUCCGUCCGUGCAGCCACCACCUCCACUUCUUCGGCCGCACCUUCUCCGGGUUCCGACGUCUCGCCGGUUUCUUCCUCGGCGUCCUCGUCCAAUACACUGAUCUACCUGUUGCUGUACAUCACCGACUCGCGUGCGGCGGCGCAGCUGCACAUGCUCUGUCUGCGCAACACCUAUCUAGCCCUCCCAAGCAGCUGCCGUCUGCUGAACUACUUCGUCUUCGGUGGCCGUGCCGCUGCGAUUGUGCCGCGCCAAAUCCUGCAGAAGCGCGAGUUGUUGAAAACUCAUUUCAACUUCGACGCGGAGUUGUGGGGCGUGCUGGCGGCCAAACUCACAAACGACCUCGUCGAGGAGGUGCGAGCCUGCGGAAGAACGCAAGAUACGCAGCAGGGCAACGGCCGUCUUCUCACCGCGUUUGAGCGUCAUGAACAGGAUGUGGCGGCGGUGCUGCGCUACUGUGAACAGAAAGUUCACUACGCCGGCGUCUUCGACGAUGACGAGGAGGCGAGCCCGUUUCUCAUCGCGAUGGGCCUCUGCUGGCGCCUGAGUCUGACGAUGGACGACGUGUGCCGGCACUUUGCCCGCCACCCACGGCGCGUCAUCCGUGCGCUGGCACUCUACCUCGCACGCUACGUUCUCGCCCCGGAGGACUACGUGUACUUCUUUCUGCCGUCGCUGACAGAUGAGGUGAUCAUUGCGUGCACCGAGGACGCACAGGUCACUUACACCAUGAAGGACCUGAGCCGUCAACUGCUGACGAAGAACGACAUCGUCGACGCGUGGCUGCCGAUGCUGGCCAAGUACUGGCAGGAUCAGGUGGUGGCGCCAUCCAUGACCUUUAUGGAGGCAUGCUGGCAGUUACAGGGGCGCGGAGAUGAAAGCCGCGACGCUGCAACAGCAGCAGACGCAUCGUCGCCGACAUCCUCCGCGGCGCUGUUUCGCGAGACGGACGGCUCCACGAAAGCCGAUGAAGCCGACGGGUUUGCUGUGCGUGGCGCAGGGCGCGGCAUCGCGGCCACCUUUGGCUUCCGCAGCAUUGCGGAGAUCGCCGAGCACGCUGCCCAGCACUCCCGCGUCCUCGUUCCGCAGAGCAUGGCGACGAUCCUGAAGCGGCGUCGCGGGAUUGAGGAGGAGGUGUUUGGUGUGAGUGCCGGUGCCGGUGGCGGAGGUGGGGGCAAUGACGCGGCGGUGGACGCGCUCGAUGAUCUCGACGACGACGACGAUGACUUUUUAAUUCACGUCGAUGUGCGGGGCGACGACGAGGACGAGGACGGCGGUGAUCGCCGUGUUGGCGCGCCGCCCUCGAGGCGGGCCCGGCCGGAUCAAACAGGUGGCACUGCGUCGCCAUCGGCUGCUGGUGGCCGCGGUGGUGCUUUGACGGACCCGCAUCGUCGAAUUAUGCGCGAAGGGCUGAAGCUCACGCUGUCGCUGCUGGGACGGCGCAAGCUGUUCCGCGACAACGACGAGCACUACAUCGAGUUUUAG